AUGAGUUCAAAAAGAACCACGGCGUGGUCUACGGCACCACGGCGACCUUCGGCGCGCCCUACUACGGCGAGACGUCGCUGCCUCGCGCGGUCACGUGCAAAGGUCCUAGGGCAACUCUUGUACAGCGAGUCCAAAGGAAAGGCACACUGUGAGCAUGGCGACUACUCAAUGCCAAGCUCGCCCACGCGGCCACCUCUACCAGCCGAAUCGGACGGUUCCCCCCGACAGGACACCGCGAAGGUGCUGCUCGUGAGACGCGGUUUGUGCACCUUCGUCACAAAGGUCCGCAUCGCCCAGGAGAAGGGUGCUCAAGCAGUGGUCGUGGUCGAUAGGGAGACUUCCAGUAACACGCCGGAAGACAUCCAAAAAGUCGUCAUGGCCGACGAUGGGUGGGGCGAUUCGGUGCAGAUACCAUCCAUUCUGGUGAGCAAGAGCGAGGGGCAGCUCCUCAUCGAUGCCGCGAAGCACGCCACCGUCAUGGUCGAGCUGGACUGGAACAUCCCAAGGGGCCAGGUUGUGAACAUGGACUUCUGGAUGAGUUCCGGUGACAGGUUGGCCACAAAGUUCCUGGAAAAGUUCAAGCCUUAUGCUGUUGCCUUGUCGGAGCAUUUGCAGUUUGCACCGCGCUAUGACAUCUUCAAGCCCGAUGAAGGCAUGUUGGGCGAAAGCAACUCAGAGCUCUGCGUCUCGGCAGACUCAGAGAGCUUCUGUGCUCCGGAUCCAGAUGGGGGCGGCCCCGUCACAGGAGAAGACGUCGUGAACGAAGACGUCCGGCAGCUUUGCCUUUGGAACGUCACAGCGAGGAGGGGCGGCAAUACCGGAGCCCUUUUCUCCGAGCCCUAUUGGCGGUACGUUGUCAGCUUCAACCGCCGUUGCUCCGUGAGGGCGCAGGAUGCUGACCACCGUUUCGGGGAAGUGUGCUCGUUGUCGGUUAUGCGAGAGGUUGGAAUCGAUGCCCAGUCAGUACAGGAUUGCGUCCAACGGAAUCGCGUGCCGAUACUCCGGGAACAGCUGAAAAAUGUCGCUUGGAGCCGAUUGGCCCUCCAACUCAACGGCUGGAGGUAUAGCGGCCCGCUGGAUCCACAAACGGUGCUGCAAGCAGUGUGUGGCGGAUACACAACGCCUCCUGAUGAGUGCUCAACGCUGCAGAAGGGACUGCCCCCAGGCGGCGUCUUCACGGAUCCACCGCCCGGCGCCUCCCUCUUCACGCUGCUCAUCGGGCUGUUGCUGCUGGCCGGCUUCGUUGUUGCGGCGUUUUUCUUCUACAAGAGGCAUUUGACCUCGUCAGUGCGAAAAGUCUUGCGCGAAGAGGUCAUGCUGGAGGUUCAAACGCAAAUGGCCGACUAUGUGGUGAUGGAUGAGGAUGGUCAACACCGGCCUUCCAAUCUCCGUGUUCUCAGCUUCUAG